AUGGGCCAGCGCCGCCGCAUGGCCGAGGUCCUCUUCGAGCAGCACCGCCUCGAGGCGGUCUACUUCGCGCUGAGCCCGGUUCUGGCCCUCUACGCCUCCGGGCUCUGCACGGGCGUCUCCGUCGAACUCGGCCACGCGCAGAGCCACGUCAUGCCGGUCUACCAGGGGGUCUCGCUCUUCCACGCGACGCACGCGCUCGACCUCGGCGGGGUGGACCUCACGGAGUGGAUCGCCGCCCACCACCCGGGCGAGGUCGAGGCCCCGACCUUGCGGACCCACGAGGCGUGGGGGUACCUCAAGGAGAAGUACGCCUUUACCCCGGAGAGCCGCGAAGCCUACGCGGGGGACGACGCGAACGGCCUGCCAACAACGCAUCAAUUGCCGGACGGGUCGAUGGUGGAGCUCGGCGAGGAGAUGAGCCGCGCGGCCGAGCUCUACUUCAGGCCCACCACGCUCCCAAGGCUCGCCAACCCGCCGGACCAGUUCAACGUCAGCGAGGAGGUCAACCUGCGAACAACAACGACCCCGCUCGGCCUCCAUCAGCUCAUCGCCCAGUCCAUCAACGAUUGCGAUGAGGACCUCAGCGCCCUCUUCGCGAGCAAUAUCGUCCUUUCGGGGGGCGCCUCGCUGCUGAAAAACCUGCCCUCCCGCCUCGAGUUUGAGGUGCAGUCGCUCGCCCCGGCGCUGCCCGAACGGGCGCGUGUCCUGGCCGACUCCGAGCGGGGAGACGCCGUCUUCGUCGGGGGCUCGAUUUUAGCCUCCCUGUCCACUUUUCAGAAUUUAUGGGUCAAGCGGUCCGAAUAUGAAGAGAUCGGUUCGUCUGCCGUCGUGCGAGGAUGUUUUUAA